GGGGCAGUUAUUGGCCGCUGAGGAGCUGAGCCUGGGAUCAGUGUAUGUCUAACCUGUGUUCAUUGUCAUUAGGGCGCAUGGUCUGGAGAUGUCUACGUGAUAUCUAGGUGCUGCAUCAUGUGCUUGUGGGGCACUACAGGUCCCAGCAGGCAGGUCCUCUGCUUUAGAAUGGAACUGAUGGAAUCUGAUGCAGGCAAGUCUGGAACUCCCAACCAAAUAUUCUUCACGGAUGGGAACAAGAACGGUAGACUCGGAGCAUAGACUUGGCCAUAUAAUUGUAAAUCAGAAAAUUAAUGCAGUAGCCACAGAUUAUAAUGGGGGGUAAGGCUGACGUCGGAUGGUGAGAAGCUGCCGCCAGUGUUUAAAAGCAACAAGGCUCGGUACAAAGUUGAAAUGGAAAAUCAGAAGACCCUCAGAUUACCUAGUAAGAGAUUUUCAGGGUUACUUAGAUAUACCGGCAUCAUCAGAACAUGACAUACAGUAUACACAAUCUAUGUGCAAAUACCGCCAUCAUCUGGACAUCACAUACAGUCUAUGUGUACAGUCACUCUGUGUGUUUCACACAGAUGGAUCCAAUAAAAUAAAAUCAUCAGAGAGAUGCCCCAGUCCUCUGUAUUCCCAGGAUUGGUCUCCUGACAACGCUAUGAGAACAGAAAAAGACACGUGGGAGUCUGAGCUGUUACGGCUCCCAAUCACUGCUGAGGAGAGAAGUCUCAGCCCUUUUUAUUCCAUGAAUUGUUCAGAGGACAAUCAAAAUAUUCCACAGGGUCAUCAGGCUGAAGAUCUGCUUGAUAUCAAAGUUGAAGUGAUAGAUGAGGAAGAUGAGACUUUCAUUAAUGAUGGAACCAGUAGAAAAAAUCCAUCAGAGAGAUCCCAGAGUCCCGGUCCUCUGAAUUGUCAUGGCUGUCCAGUAGAGAAUUACAGUGUCCCACAUAAUCAUCAGGGUGAAGACCUGAUUGAUAUUAAAACUGAGGCUGAUGCAGAAGAUGAUGAGACCCAUGUUAGCGGUGAUCAGCAAUGGAAGGAGGAGGACAUUGGCCGUGUAACUGGUGUAUCUACUACAGAUAGAUCCAGUAAGAGAAUUCUACCAGAGGGAUGUCCCAGUCCUUUGUAUUCCCAGAAUUGUAUAGAAGAAAAUCUAAGUGUACUACAGGAUCAUCAGAUUUGUAUCAAAGAGGAGAUAAAGGAAGAAGAAGAGGAGCUACCUGUGCCCAUUAACAAGAUGGAGACUCCAGAUCAUAUCAUUACAGUUUCAGAUUUUGUGCACAGCAAGAACUUGAAGGCAAAUCUUUCAUAUCAAGACCAUAAAUUACAAGUAAAGAUUGUCACGGAGGAUUCUCUGGGAGAAAACCCCAAUGCCCAAACUAUAUAUGGUGGACAUCAAAGCAGAGAACUUCUACCAAAUUGCUGCAAUUACAAAGAAAUUAUUUAUCAGACAUCACAAUGUUAUCAUGGUGGAAACAGAAUUCCUACUGGUGGAAAAUCAGUCCCUCGGUCAAAUGUUGGAAGAGGUCAUAAAAGGCAAUCAUGUAUGUGUCCCAGAUGCGGAAAAUGUUUUAGGCACAGGGUGUUUCUCUUAACACAUCAGAAAAUCCACAGAGGCCAGAAGCAGUAUCACUUAGAAUAUGGUAAAAGGUUUAAAUCAUAUGCACUUCAACAGAGUCACACCAUGGAGAGAAGGUUUUCUUGUUCAGAGUGUGGAAAAUGUUUUGUCAAAAAGUCAAGUCUUGACGAACAUUGGAAAAUUCACACAGGGCUGAGACCAUUUUCAUGUUCAGAAUGUGGUAAAUGUUUUGCCUACAAAUCAUGUCUUAUUGAACAUCAUAAAAUCCACACAGGGGAGAAGCCGUUUUUAUGCCUGGAAUGUGGGAAAUGUUUCACAAAGAAUUCAAAUCUUGUUAGGCAUCUGAGAACCCACACAGGGGAGAAGCAGUUUCCAUGUUUGGAGUGUGGGAAAUGUUUUGUCGAAAAAUCGGGUCUUUUGAAACAUCAGAAAAUGCACACCGGAGAAAGGCCAUUUUCUUGUUCAGAAUGUAAGAAAUGUUUUGUCACAAAGUCCACUCUCGCGCAGCAUGAGAAGAUUCACAGAGAGAAACCCUUUUCCUGUUCAGAAUGUGGCAAAUGUUUUCACAGCAAAUCAAAUCUCAAUGACCAUCUUCGAAUUCACACUGGUGAGAGGCCAUUUUUAUGUUAUGAAUGCGGGAAAUGUUUUGCUCACAAAUCAUAUCUCGCUGACCAUCGGAGAAUUCACACAGGGGAUAAGCCGUAUUCAUGUUUGGAAUGCGGGAAAUGUUUUGCCUAUAAAUCAAGACUUGUUCAGCAUCAGAGGAUUCAUACGGGAGAGAAGCCAUUUGCAUGUACAGAAUGUGAAAAGAGUUUUACCAGCAAGCUAAGUCUUGUUAUACAUCAGAGAAAUCACACAGGAGAGAGGCCGUAUUCUUGUUCGGUAUGUGGGAAAAGUUUCACCAAGCAAUCAAAUCUUAGUAAACAUCAGAGAUUACAUACAGAAGAAAGGCAGUUUUCUUGUUUGGAAUGUGGGAUUAGUUUUUCAAAGAAAGCUGAUUUUGUCAAACAUUACAGAAUCCACAGAGAAAAGAAGCCAUUUUCAUGUUUGGAAUGUGGGAAAAGUUAUACCCGGAAAUCUGUUCUUGUCGAACAUCAGAAAGUUCACACUGGAGAGAGACCGUUUACAUGUUCCGAAUGCGGGAAAAGUUUUGCUCACAAAUCUGUACUUAUUCAGCAUCAGAGAAUCCACACAGGGGAGAGGCCAUAUUCAUGUUCGGAAUGUGGCAAAUGUUUUGUGAAGAAAUCGGGCCUUGUGAGACAUCAGAGAAGUCACACGGGAGAGAAGUUGUUUCACUGUUCUGACUGUGGAAAGAAUUUUGCUCAGAGAUCAGGUCUUGUUCGACAUCAGAAAAUUCACACAGGGGAGAAACCGUUCUUAUGCUCAGAAUGUGGGAAAUGUUUUUCUGUGAAAUCAAAACUUGUAAGGCACUUGAAGAGUCAUAAAAGGUAGAAGCUGUUUACUGGUAUAUUCACAUGUUGCAGAAGCUUCUGCAGCUGAAAAUCAGUCCCAUUCAGCUUAACCCCUUUGCGCAUAAGGUUACGUCAUAAUGCCUCAGGGCAUGUAUGGAGUGGGCCUCUGCAACAGGCCCGCUCCAUACACGGUGGGUGCCGACUGUAUCAUACAGCCGGCACCCGCCCGCACUAACAGGAAGCGGCGAUCAUGCUACCCCUGAUAUUUAACCCCUCAGGUGCCACGAUCAACGCUGAUCGCAGCACCUGUGAGUGAAGGCAGAGGGAUGUGGCUCCCUCUGCCUUCCGAUCGGAGCCCCCGCAGUGAAAUCACGGGGCUCCGAUCGGUUGCCUGGGCACCCGCCAUUGCUUUCUCCGUCCUGAGCUAUGCAUGAAGCAUAGCUCAGAAUGGAGAGUGUAAAAAUCCUAUUCA